CAACUCACAAGUUCCCCGAUCCCUUCGAGUUCUUACUAUUGCUUCUCUGAUCUACUAAAGCUGUCAAGCUUUCCCUCUUUUGUUCGGUCUUCCCGAGCCUCCCCCUCCUCCUCUUUUCUUUAGUUCUCUUCGUUCGUUUUCUGCGAUGGCGCCAGAGAUCGUCAGGAAGCUGGCGGCGAUGGCCGGCCGAUAUGGAAAGCCGGCGGCGAAGACGCAGGCCAGGAGGGCGUACGUGACGUUCCUCGCCGGAGACGGCGAUUAUUGGAAGGGCGUGGUGGGGCUGGCCAAGGGUUUGAGGAAGGUGAGGUCGGCGUACCAGCUGGUGGUGGCGGUCCUGCCGGACGUGCCGGAGGACCACCGCCGGAUCCUCCGCUCCCAGGGCUGCCUCGUCCGCGAGAUCGAGCCCGUCUACCCUCCCGAGAACCAGACCCAGUUCGCCAUGGCUUACUACGUAAUCAACUACUCCAAGCUCCGUAUCUGGGAGUUCGUGGAGUACCAGAAGAUGAUAUACCUGGACGCGGAUAUCCAGGUAUAUGAUAACAUCGACCACCUCUUCGACCUCCCGGAUGGAAACUUCUAUGCGGUGAUGGAUUGCUUCUGCGAGAAGACGUGGAGUCACACGCCGCAGUACCAGAUCGGGUACUGCCAGCAGUGCCCGGAUAAGGUAUCCUGGCCGGAGGACAAGCUGGGUCCGCCGCCGGCGCUCUACUUCAACGCCGGAAUGUUCGUCCACGAGCCCAGCCUCGCCACCGCCGAGUCUCUUCUCAAGACCCUCAAGUCCACUACCCCCACCUCUUUUGCGGAACAGGACUUUUUGAACAUGUUCUUUAAGGAUAUUUACAAGCCGAUCGCUGGGGUUUACAAUUUGGUCCUCGCGAUGCUGUGGAGGCACCCGGAGAACGUGGAGCUGGAAAAGCUCAAGGUGGUCCACUACUGCGCUGCGGGUUCGAAGCCGUGGAGGUACACCGGGAAGGAGGCAAACAUGGACCGGGAGGACAUCAAGAUGCUGGUGAAGAAGUGGUGGAAUAUUUAUAACGACGAGUCGCUGGACUACAAGGGGCCGGCGGCGGUGGAGGUGGCGCAGGAUGAGUUGAAGCAGCCGCUCCUGGCGGUGCUGUCGGAGGCUGGGGUAGUGCAUUACGUCACUGCGCCCUCGGCCGCAUGACGUGGAAAAUGGUGGAAGUGGAUGUAGGUGCAGGGUUGAGCCGCAGUUUCCAUUUUAUAUCUCUUUUGGAAAAAUAGGAUGUUUUUUGUAUAGAAUAUGUUUUGUGCAUUGUGCAGUGAAGCUCAGAGUCACUGUGAACAUGUGUAAUUGAUACAUAACAUAUGUUUGUAUGUAAUAGAUUGAUACAUAACAUAUGUUUGUAUGUAAUGGAUUGACAAAAGAAAAGAAAAAAAAAAAUUGUACAACUAAUUUUCUUUGAUGGUGCAAUCAA